UUAUAGCAUAAACGUAGUCGUAUUUUGUUCCAGGCUAUAUUCAGUUUAGUUACAUGGCCGGAAAGCUUAAAACUGAUAUGGGCCCCUUUGGUAGACACGCUGUACAUACACAAGAUUGGAAGACGAAAAUCUUGGCUCAUACCGGUUCAAUAUUUAAUGGGAGCAUGCUUCAUUUAUAUGGCCAGCAAUAUUGAUGAAUGGUUGCCAGAAACGCGAAAGCCGGAUAUACUGAAAUUGGUAUACGCAUUUUUCUUCCUGGGAAUGUUGGCUGCCACGCUAGACAUAGUCGUCGAUGGUUGGUCACUGACCAUGCUGAAGAGGAAUAACGUGGGCUAUGCAUCUACUUGCAAUUCAACCGGUCUGGUGAUGGGCAUAAUGAUAAGUUAUAUAUUUUCCGCCUUUUUGACGUCAGAAGACUUUAGUAACAAGUACUUACGGUUUAGGCCAGAUGUAGGAGGGAUAUUCACUACGAGGAGUUUCUUAUAUGCUUGGGGUGUUCUUUUUAUAUUAAUAACUACAUUGAUUGCAAUAUUUAAAAAAGAAAAAGAUAACAGAUUAGAGGAUGACCACGUAAAGCUCAACAUUGUUCAAAACUAUUCACUAAUAUGGGACAUUUUAAAACUACCUGGUAUUAAAUUAUUGGCAUUAACAUUGCUGACAGCUAAGGUAAUAAUAAUAAUCUAUAGAUACCUAAGAGAAGAGUUACAUUAACUAAUUCAUUUAUAUUUGAAUUAAUUCAACUUCGCGGUAAUCGCGGUAUCGACGUAUCGUGUUGGUCGACACGAUCAUAUUUUACUAUCACAUUUUGGUGAACCAAUCAGAAAAAAGAAUUUUACACGACACGACACGACACGGGCAGUUGUGAACUCGCCUUUAGUGUCAUAAUAUCAAUACCUAAAAGUCGUAACCACAUGGACACGAGCUUCUUUAAAGUAUAAUAUAAUUCGUCAGUAAAAAUAAUAAGUCUAAAUUCAAUUUUCUCGACGGAAAAGUAGAAAACAAAUAAUUUCCCGAAGUAUUAUAUACUCGGAACCGAUAAAAUGUCCAACGUAUAAAAUGUAUAAAAAUCCCCACGACUUAUCAUAUUUUUUUUAAAAAACAAAUGUUGAAGAGAUACAUUUUUGUAUUUGGCUAAAAACAAAAUGGAAGCCUUUAAGGCUAACGAAAUGAAGUUUGUAAUCCGUUUGAAUUACGUAAAAAUUUGUCAGAAUUGAACAUGUACGCUAAACGUCAAUUGAUUUAUUAAGUCGGAGGUUUAAUCAUUUGACAUUUUAAAAACUAUAAAUGUAUUAUCCCUUGUUAAAUAAUGGAAGUUCUGAUAAUAUUAUUUAUGAACACAUUUUGUACAAAUAUUUUAACUCGUCCAAUAUUUAAUA